AGUAGAUUGCGGCCCGCUAAAUUGACCAAUCGCAGCGCGCGUUCUAACUGAGAUAUAUUCUCAGGAAUGAAGAAGGUAACGACAGUUCACACGUGCCGUGUAACAAUGCUCCUCCUUCUCAGCUAAUACAAGUUCAAGGUUACCAACAAAUUGUCUGAUUUUUUUCUGACAAAUACUGGCGUUUUUUUUUUUCAAUUAGUUAAGGAAAAGAAUUCAACAGCAAAUUUCUUGGCAUAAAACCUCACGUGCGGGCACAAAUAUUAUUUUGAUGGAAGAGAGUCAAAGUGGAGAUAAAGCAAAAGAAAUUCAAAACUAAGAAGAGAUUAACGAUGGAGUUCUUUAAGAAUCGCAGGUACUCGUGAUCCUUGAUAUAAGCUAAUUGUUUUUUGACAGGAAUAAAGAAGCUGACAACAUUUCAAACGCGCAUGGAGCGGUGUAUCAGUGUUCUUCCUCCUGAGCUGAAACAAGUUAAAGGGUGACAUGAUCGAAUGUACCAGAAAUACAACAGUCACACGGAAGUUAAGCUCUCUUUAAGUAGCCUAGCCAUCACAAUCAUUUCAAAUCCACCUGAGUUUUAGGGCCGCAACGUAGUAAUCGAAGCUUGAAAAUGUCACGAUUUGGUGCAUCCUUCGCAGCCGUUAUUUGCGUCGUUGUUAUCCUAGCCGGACAAAGCACAGGACUUCAUCAGUGGCGACCGAUCUUGUAUCCUAAUUUUCGAGUUAAUGAUCGAAUCAUAGCCCGUUGGACGAAUAAUCUUUAUUAUGCUGGCAAAGUGUCAUCAACUGCAAAUGGGUUGAUACGCAUUUUGUUUGACGACGGUAACACGAUCACCCACAGUGACACCGACAUUUCAGCUGUAAUUGCUGAUACAGUGCCCAAUCAAGUGGACAUCGGUGACCAUGUCGUGACGACUUGGACAGGAGGCCGCCAAUACUACUUUGGUUAUGUAUGUGACAAGGAUUCUAACAACCGCUGGAAAGUCACUUUUGAUGACAACUACGAGGAUUUUUACACCACCAGCCAGUUAAGAAUAUUCCCGGAUCAUUUCUCGGCUCAUGACGUGGGCGCCAGAGUAUUUGCCCGCCGGACAGAUGGUCUUUAUUAUCGAGGAUUUGUCACAAGCGCCUCUUCCACAACUGUGUUCAUCAACUAUGACGAUGGCGACACCACCACUCUACAGAAGAAGGACGCAGCAGCGGUAAUACUCGACAAACUUCCCUGCUACAAAGACGUCCAGGCUGGUCAGCGUGUAAUUGGUUUCUUGCCAGGAAAAACCAGAUACUACCCAGGGUCGCAACGUAGUAAUCGAAGCUUGAAAAUGUCACGGUUUGGUGCAUCUCCUACAACCGUUAUUUGCCUCUUUGUUAUCCUAACUGGACAAAGCUCAGCGCUACUAACAUUUUAUCAGCCGUAUCCGUGGCAACACAUCUUGUAUCCUAAUUUUCAAGUUAAUGAUCGAAUCAUAGCCCGUUGGACGAAUAAUCUUUAUUACGCUGGCAGAGUGUCAUCAAUUGGAAAUGGGUUGAUACGCAUUUUGUUUGACGACGGUAACACGAUCACCCACAGAGACACCGAUAUUUCAGCUGUAAUUGCUGAUACAGUGCCCCAUCAAGUGGACAUCGGUGACCACGUCGUGACGACUUGGAAAGGAGGCCACAUAUACUACAUUGGUUAUGUAUCUGACAAGGAUUCUAACAACCGCUUCAAGGUUACCUUUGAUGACAACAACGAGGAUUUUUACACCACCAGCCAGUUAAGAAUAGUCCUGGAUCAUUUCUCUGCUCAUGAAGUGGGCGCCAGAGUGUUUGCACGCUGGACAAAUGGUCUUUAUUAUCGGGGAUUUGUCACAAGGGCCUCUUCGACAGCUGUGUUCAUCAACUAUGACGAUGGCAAAACCAUCACUCUACAGAAGAAGGACGCAGCGGCGGUAAUACUCGACAAACUUCCCUGCUACAAAGACGUCCAGGCUGGUCAGCGUGUAAUUGGUUUCUUGCCAGGAAAAACCAGAUACUACCCAGGUGAUGUAGCGUACAAAAGGAAUGUCUGCAGUUCUAGUUGUUACCAGAAAGCUGUAUACCGUGUGUUGUUUGAUGACCAUGAUGAUGAUACGGAUCAGCGAGUGCAAGAUUUCCACCAGAUUCGUCUAAUCCCGUGUUCAUCAAGCUUCCAGGGAUAGCCACGUGCAGUCAACAGUCAACAUAUCAGUAGAAAUAGUUUGAAUUUUAUAUGCUUGUCAGUGAAAAAGAACAGUCGAUAUGUUGUAGCUAAGCUUUUCACAGAUGGAAAUAUUAGAAGUAUGUCCUAAAUUGUUGCUUCGCCAAGAUGAACCGCUGCUAAGUCGUACCCAAGGGAUAAUUUAGUUGAAAUUUGAGCUAAACUAGUUUAGGUAGAGCACAAGUAACGGCCCGCUUCGUUUAAUAAAUGCUUCAAAAAGGGUGUUGCA